AUGGCUUCAAGUAGCUAUUCAGCUCCUCCACCACCUGUUUUCUCAGGAGAAAACUAUCCCAUCUGGUCAGUGAAGAUGAAGGCUUAUUUGAAGGCCUAUGAUCUAUGGGAAGUUGUGGAAACGGGUAGAGACCCACCUCCUUUGAGAGACAAUGCUACGGUUGCUCAAAUGAAGCAACAUAGUGAAGAGUGUGCAAAGAAGUUCAAGGCACUCUCUUGUCUUCAUUCUGCUGUUUCUGAUGUUAUUUUCACAAGAAUCAUGGCUUGUGAAUCAGCAAAAGAAGCUUGGGAUAAGCUGAAGGAAGAGUUCCAAGGAAGUGACAAAACUAGAAGCAUGCAGAUUCUAAAUUUGAGAAGAGAGUUUGAAGUCCUUAAAAUGAAGGAUUCUGAAUCUGUCAAGGAGUAUUCUGAUAGAUUACUCUCUGUUGUCAACAAAAUUAGACUUUUAGGAGAGGAGCUUAGUGAUAAAAGAGUUGUGGAGAAAGUUCUUGUAAGCCUACCCGAGAGAUUUGAGCCAAAGAUCUCUUCUUUGGAAGAUUCUAAAAACUUGAGCACCAUUUCUCUUUCAGAGUUGGUUAAUGCUCUACAAGCUCUUGAGCAAAGGAGGACAUUCAGAAUGGAGGAGUCCUCAGAGGAAGCUUUUCUUGUGAAGCAAAAGGGCAAGCUAGUUGAAGAAGUAAAGAAAGCUGCAAGUAAUUCUUUUAACAAGGGCAAGCAACAUGCAAAUAGAAGGAAGGGAGGUAGAAGAGCAAAUUUUCCACCUUGUCCUACUUGCAACAAAACCAACCAUCUUGAGAAAGAUUGCUGGCAAAAGAGUGGAGUUAAGCCACCACAAUGUGGUUAUUGCAAGAAGCUGGGUCAUGUUGAUAAAAAUUGCAGACUCAAGCAAUAUAGGCAAAACCAGAAUCAUAACCAGCAACCUGCACAACAACUUAAUUACCAUGAUGAUCAAGCUCAAUGUGAUGAUCAUAUUUUUGCUGUUACACACUCCUCAAAUACCGGUUGCAGACACACUUGGCUUGUGGAUAGUGGUUGCACUUGUCACAUGGCAAGAGAUGAAAGCUUGUUCUCUUCUAUUGAUAAAUCAGUGAGGGUCAAAGUAAAGCUUGGAAAUGGAGAAAUUGUGGAGUCUCAAGGCAAGGGUUCAGUAUAUAUUCAGACUAAGUAA